GACGAGAGCGGCAGUCGCGCCGGCGCGGGCGAGGAGCGGGCCCGGGCGGCCGCCGAAAAUGGCUCCAGUGGUCAAAUGAGGCUGGAAAAAUAUAUAGAUGCAGCACUGCGGCCUUUCCAGAUGUUUGAGUGUGAUACUCCAGUGAGAAAUUGAUCCCUUGGAUUAGGUAACUAGUCAUAAUGAAGAAAAUUAGUCUUAAAACCUUCCGGAAGUCUUUUAAUUUGAAUAAAAGUAAAGAAGACACUGAUUUCAUGGUAGUACAACAGCCAUCCCUAGCCAGUGACUUUGGAAAAGAUGAUUCCUUGUUUGGUAGCUGCUACGGUAAAGAUAUGGCCAGCUGUGAUAUCAAUAGCGAAGAUGAGAAAGGUGGGAAAAGCAGAUCCAAGAGCGAGAGCCUGAUGGGGACCCUGAAAAGGCGACUUUCUGUGAAGCAGAAGCCCAAGGGCAAGGGCAGCACGCCCUCGGGGGGCUUGGCUGAGGAGGACACCUUCUCCUCCUCCUCGGCUCCUGUGGUCUUCAAGGACGUCAGAGCUCAGAGGCCCAUCAGGUCCACUUCCCUCCGCAGUCACCACUACAGCCCCACGCCCUGGCCUCUCCGACCCACGAACUCUGAGGAGACCUGUAUCAAAAUGGAGGUGAGGGUCAAAGCUUUGGUCCACUCUUCUAGUCCAAGUCCUGCGCUGAACGGGGUUCGAAAGGAUUUCCAUGACCUUCAGGCUGAAACUGUGUGCCAGGAGCAGAAUGGUUCCCUCAAGCGUUCAGAUUCUCCCCACGGAGACUUGCAUCUCCACCUGGAGGAACACGUGCCUGUAGUUAUUGGACUUGUGCCUCAGGACUACAUUCAGUACACCGUGCCUUUAGACGAGGGGAUGUGUCCUUUGGAAGGAUCGCGCAGCUAUUGUCUGGACACUUCUUCGCCCAUGGAGGUCUCUGCGGUUCCUCCUCAAGUGGGAGGGAGCUCUUUUGCCGAAGAUGAGAAUCAGGUAGACCAGGACCUAGUUGUUGCCCCAGAGAUCUUUGUAGACCAGUCAGUGAAUGGCUUGUUGAUUGGCACCACAGGAGUCAUGUUGCAGAGCCCCAGAACAAGUCAUGAUGAGGUCCCUCCACUCUCGCCAUUGCUACCUCCAAUGCAGACUAAUCAGAUCCAAAGGAACUUCAGUGGGCUCACGGGCACAGAUGCCCAUGUGGCUGAAAGUAUGCGCUGUCAUUUGAAUUUUGAUCCUAACUCUGCCCCUGGGGUGGCAAGGGUUUAUGACUCUGUGCAAAGUAGUGGUCCCAUGGUUGUGACAAGCCUUACGGAAGAGCUGAAGAAACUUGCAAAACAAGGAUGGUACUGGGGACCAAUCACACGCUGGGAGGCAGAAGGGAAGCUAGCCAACGUGCCCGAUGGUUCUUUUCUUGUUCGGGAUAGUUCUGACGACCGUUACCUUCUAAGCUUGAGCUUUCGUUCCCAUGGUAAAACACUUCACACUAGAAUUGAGCACUCGAAUGGUAGGUUUAGCUUUUAUGAACAACCAGAUGUGGAAGGACAUACAUCCAUAGUUGAUCUAAUCGAGCAUUCAAUCAGGGACUCUGAAAAUGGAGCUUUUUGUUAUUCAAGGUCUCGGUUGCCUGGAUCUGCAACCUACCCCGUCAGACUGACCAAUCCAGUGUCACGGUUCAUGCAGGUGCGUUCUCUGCAGUACCUGUGUCGUUUCGUUAUACGUCAGUAUACCAGGAUAGACCUGAUUCAGAAACUGCCUUUGCCAAACAAAAUGAAGGAUUAUUUACAGGAGAAGCACUGCUGAAAGAUUGAGAACCCUGCAUCUUGCACUUUGGGAAUAAGAAAAAGAGAUUGAGAUACAGUUUACAACUUUCAUUGCCAUCAGAAUCUUUUGCUGCCAUAACUAUUUUAAUUUUAUGUGUAAGAGUCAACAGUUUGUUAAGGGGUGGGGAAGUGUCUGCAAGGUGUCUUGGGUUUAUUUUGGUUCUUUAAAAAGGGAUGUCUUGAGAUUCUAGAAGUGUGAAUUAUCUUUCAUUAGUGUGCCGAAUAAUCGCAAUGUGAAUUAUCAGAUUCUCCUUGAUGCCCCCCCCCGUCCUUUGCUGCUAUCCACUGUGAUUUUUAUGCAUUAAAAGCACAUUUCAUGUGUCUUCAACCCUAAGUAAAGUUGAAUGAAACUUACAGAAUGAAAAUUACUUUGUCUUUUUAAAUGACCCAUUUUCAAAAAGUUACUGUUGAAUGAACGUGUGAUAAAACUAUUUACAUAUACACUGAAAAUGACUUUUUAAUGUCAUACUUCAAAAAGAUUUAUUUAGGAUUAUUAAUUGACAUCAUCUUAGUUAAUGGGAUGCAAAUUUGCCACAUAUCUUUACAACUUCUAAAUUAUUUUUAAGGUUGUGCUAAUAUUUUGGUUGUGAAAACUUUGUGUUUUUCUGUUGCCUUCAUUUUCAUCUUGUGGUUUGUCCAUUUUAAUAAAUGGCCUUACAUUUAAGAGUCAUAAAGAGAUAUAUACCACAAAUUUAGCAAUCGUGGCCUUUUCUGUCAUUAAACCCGGGUACAAAUUGGCAUAGUGUAAAGACCUGUAGACUGGAAUAGUGACUACAGAAGUGAGAUCAGUUCCCGUGAGAGCGCUGUGUUCAUGUUGCCUGCACUGUUCCUUUGGUUAAAUGUUUAAUCUGUGAUUUCUUUAGUUUAGUCAACACAUUCUUGGGUGAACUUGAUUGUACAACUAAUUUUCAUAAAUGGACUGGAUUCUCUUAACAAUGUUAAAGUUUAUUAAAAAAAGUUUGAAAUUGAUUUGAAUAGAAAGAAAAGAUUGCUUUAAA